AUGCCGGAAGCCGAGAAGGAAGCAAGAGCGAGGGAGGACAAAGGCUCACACCCUCCGCCACCAUGUGAUCCUUUCCAAAGAUACCAGACGCCGUGGCCCAGAACCGAGCGCGACGACGACAAUCCCUUCAUCCGCUUCCGCAGAUUCGCAGAUAAUCAGUUCCGGGCUAUGUUCCACGGCUCAUGGCCGUUCCAGGCCAGGUCUAUAGCUGAGGAGAUGAGGAGACGAGAAGAAGAAGCAUUUGAGACGAUGCUUAGAAACGGGAGACUGGAUGUCGGGCGAGGAAUCCUGGAGGCGGCCGAUGCUGUGCAGCAGAAUCUGAGAACUGCGGCAGAGGGCGACCUUCGAUCGCGUGAGAUGCUGACCAGAGAACCCGACGAUGCACGAGCAAGUCAAAUGUACAGCGGACCAGCUGACGACCGGACCAAGUUCCCUGCCCUGGAGGACUAUAAGAGACAGUUGCAGGAGCUAGAGGAAUCGAACAAGAGGCGCCUUAUGAUGGCGCGUCAAGAGCAAGACAGCCAGGUCGAGCACGCACCUGUACCGUCGCCAGCCGAAAUAGCAGCUGCGAAAAGGCACGUGCAAGCCAUGCUAGAUGAAGCUGAGCCGCAGCUGCGAGAAGCACAGACGGAGCUCGAUCUGUGGGACCGCAUGGAGGAGCUGCCUAGCCAAACACAAGAAAAGCUACCGUUCCCCUUCAUAGGUCCAGCAUUCGAGAGGACGAGGGGCGAAGAGCUGGAUCCAUUUAGGGACGAAGACCACUUCUGGCCAUAUAUGCUCAGAAGUCCAUUCUCGCCGCUGGCUUUCCCACGGGGCAGGGAGGCUUCGAUGAGGCCCGGAGACAGAGCGUGGAUGACUGAGGCCUUCAAUUCGCUGUAUAGGGAUGCGCACCAUGGCGAUGGGCAGUCCGACGAAGUGGUUGGAUUAGUCGUGAAUGGGCCGAAUGGCCUCAGCUACCGUGGAGUAGGUAUGGGAGCUGGGAUCAAAGGUGCCGUUGAGGUGCGCGAAGAAUACGAGGGAGAAUUUGAAGACACAGACAAGACCGUGCCCGAGAUUGACUCCACGCCGCAAGCGACGCCAAUAGCGAGCAUCAUCGCCCAAGUCGCAAAGGAAGUCGAGAGCUUUGCUGGGUCAUUCGCAGAUGCUUUCUCAGUGCACAGAGCAGCUACAGCUAGAGAGUAUCGCAGCGAGUGUACAAGUGCCGGACAAGACUCCAUUGUCUCUACGAUGACCAGAACAGAGAGCCGAACACUCCCAGAUGGCUCAGUCGAAACACGACGAGUCCUCAGGCGCAGGUUUGCUGAUGGCAAGGAAGAGAGCGAGGAGUCGGUCGACUACGCCCAUCCACAGACGAGAGAGGUGCCGCAAUGGCUGAAGACGCACCUGGCGGCACAAGACUUUCCCACGGUUGACAAGCAGACGCAAACGACCGCGCAGACUCAGAUGACGGAUACAGUCCGAGGACCAAAGCAGGUCGAGGACCAGGGGACUUCCCAUGAGAAGCCUAGGAAAAGUGGCGGCGGUUGGUUCUGGCGAUAG